UCACAAGCUGCUCUGCUUUCUGCCUCCGUUUCAGCAGCAAGCAUUGUACCACCCACACAACCAUCUGAUUGGUUACAUUCAAAGCCAAUCAGCAGUGCGUAUUCGACAGUGAUGUAGUCAAUGCUUCAGCGUUGAGCAGAUAUUCGUUUAGCAGGGGAGCAGCGGACAGGGUACUCUCCCCAAAUGAUAAAAAACACUUCCCAGUCACAAGUAUUACAAACAUCACUUUGAGCCCGUUGACCUUCUAGAAACUUAAACUGCAGCUCAGCUAGCUCGCAGUAUAGGCUUAAGGUGAAGGCUAAUUAGCUUUUAGCGUAACAUUAGCUCAUUUUGCUGUGUGUGAAGUGAAGUGAAUUAUAUUUAGAUAGCGCUUUUCUCUAGUGACUCAAAGCGCUUUACAUAAUGAAACCCAAUAUCUAAGUUACAUUUAAACCAGUGUGGGUGGCACUGGGAGCAGGUGGGUAAAGUGUCUUGCCCAAGGACACAAUGGCAGUGACUAGGAUGGUGAAAGCGGGAAUCGAACCGGCAACCCUCAAGUUGCUGGCACGACCGCUCUACCAACAGAGCUAUGCCGCCCACAUGUGCGUGCGUGCGUAUAUAUACAUACAUACACAUAUAUAAAUAUGUGUGUAUAUAUAAUGUAUUGUUUUUUCUUGUUGCACUUAAAGUACGAUUUAAAAUUUUCCAUAUUAUAUAUAGUCUGCCAUAAUCAAGGAUUAGAUUAGAAUAUAAUAAAACAAUCUUUAUUCACAUUAUAUUAAAUGCUUCAUGAUUUAUGGUUGCCAAUACUGGCCUGUGCUUGAAGAACAAUACAAUUAUUAGUAAGUACUACAAACAAAACUAUGGAGAAAUGUACCCACAUAAGCCACGUAGCAGGUAAAACACUUUUGUUAAAGAUAAAUCACAAAUUGUUGCAAUUUGUUACCAAAUACAGUCAUUUUACUUCCACGAGUUGACAUUAGAUGGGUGGUCUUAACUCCGCUAAUAUUUGGCAUCAAUCCAAGCAGCUGUGUGGGCGUCUACGUAUCUACUUGUUAUCUAUACACAUGUGCACAACAGGGGAGAUGGUUAACUUAUGAGCUUACAGUAUGCGUGUUUGCGAGAAUGUCAACGUGUUGGCUCAGUGACAUCAGUGAGUGAGUGGGCGAGUAAAGAGAGAGAGGAGCGAUGCGCUGCGUAGUAAAGUGAUGAAUGGGUCCUGUUGUGUCCUGCAAAACUAAUAAUAAAGCUACCAGAUUGUCACAAAUCGGCGAUCUCGAAUUCUAACCGGAAAAAAAAAAUCUUAGCAGACCCGUUGUGGGGUAAAGUGAACUGAAAGGAACGUCUCCCCUGUGCUCCUCUACUGCGGUCUGCACCGGAACGAACGGCAGGAUAGGUGUAAAAACUACAUUAUUACCUGUCACUCUUUAUAACUCAUUGUGCGUAUAUGAAUGCUCAUUAUUGAAAUGUUUACCUAAGUUUGAAGCAAAGGUGGCAAUACUAAUCAGCUCUGUAGUCAAGGCCACACAGCGGCACUUAGAUGAAAGAACAGUACCGUUAGUUUUCAAAUGCAGUAUAGUACCGUUUUCAAUCCAGCACCCCUCUCCCGACACCCCCGGAAGGCAAAAUGUUAGAAAAUGGAUGGAUGGAUGACUACUGUACACUAAUAUCUGCUCUUUUACCCAAAUGAUACUAAACUGAUGAUGAAGAGGAGAAAUGUGUCACUCAUGCUCAUGAUUCUCAUAUGUAUCAGGACAAAGCAUCAAAUGUGUAAUGAAUCACCGCCAGUUUACACACAUUUUGGUAGCUCAAUAAUGGCUCCAUGGAAGGCAACUGUGGGCGGAGCCUUUAUUGUGACUUCACACGGAGAGGUAUAAGAGAGUGCCACAAACAAAACAGCAGCAUGACCACACAGCUCAGUGCAGCUCUGGAAAAUAUGUCCUCUCACGUCACUAUUUUACUUCUCGUCACAAUUUUGGCUUCUCUGCAAGGUGGCUCGGCGGUCCCACUCAUGAAGAACCAGGAAGUGAAUGCUAGCAAUGACGUCCCAUUAUUGAGGAUGAGAAGCAAACGCUGUGCAUGCAGCAGCAUGCUGGACUCUGAGUGCCAUUACUUCUGCCACCUGGACAUCAUCUGGGUCAACACGGCCAGUAAGACAACCCUUUAUGGCCUCGGUGGUACUUUAUCACGACGACGAAGAUCUGCAAGCAGGUGCGCUUGUGAAAACCUGAAGGAUCUAACCUGUGCCAGCUUCUGCCAUCACAGAUCCGGGUAGCAGUUCCAAAAUGGACUGAGAAGGAAACUUAAGGCUCACCAGAGAGAAGAUGUGCCAAACUUCCACAAAACAGCUCAAAGAAAAAACAACGCUCCUUAGAUGGCGAGGCAGAAAACAAGCUGGCAGAUGCGUCCAUGCAGGAAGGCGGAUGGACCACGUUCUGGAAACGAGUGAAAGGUGCAAAAAGACCGAGGUCUGCGGACACAUCACUCAAAGAGAACGCUUUGCCUCCAGUGUCAAAGUGUCGCUGCAUCCUUCCGCUGGUGUAAAGAGAAUGGACAGAAUUUAAUUAUUGGGAAAAGCAGAGUACAGAAAUGAUUUGCCUGUUCAGGGGACUGGUAAAAUAUGUUGUAACACCGCAUAAACAAGACACAGCUAGUCAUUAUAUCACCACCGUUUGAGGAAGGCCCUUUUAAUAUUUAUGUUCUUUUCUAGACACACUCCAAAUUAUUGUCCAAAAUUUUCUCAGAAGAGUGGAAGUUGCUAUAGCUGCAAGAGGGACACACAUCCUGUUAUGUCCUGGAAAGGCCUCCCAAUACAUUUGUCCAUAUGAUGUAUGAGUAUGCAGCAUAUAUGAAACAAACUUCGUAGCAAGCUCCAUCUAUUUUCUUGACCCGAAUAAACUGUCACCCUAAAACA